GGGGUCUCGGUGAUCGCUGCUCCUCCUCCUGCUCCUUCUCCUCCUCCUCUUCCUCCUCCUCCUCUUCCCCCCGCCGCCUUGCUACCGCCGCGGCUCCGGCUGGAGGCGCCGCUGUCAUUCCUGCGCCGGAGAAGCUGGCGCUGCCGGUGCCUGGGGGUCGGGGCGGGGGCACGGGGCCGCGAGGGACCCAACAGGUAGAGCUGGGGAGCCCGGUUGAGAGCCCCUUGCGCGUCAUGCAGCUCUUUGUCAUCUCUCUCGCCCCCAGGCCAAAAUCCUGAGCAUGAUGGAAGACAAUAAGCAGCUCGCGCUCCGCAUCGAUGGGGCGGUCCAGUCGGCCAGCCAGGAGGUGACCAACCUGCGAGCCGAACUCACGGCCACCAACCGGAGACUGGCGGAACUGAGCGGCGGCGGCGGCCCCGGACCGGGCCCCGGCGCGGCGGCCAGCGCCUCGGCGGCGGACUCGGCGGCUGCGAACAUGGAGAACCACCAGCUCGGCGCGCAAGUGCUGCUGCGGGAAGAAGUGUCUCGGCUCCAAGAGGAAGUACACCUUCUCCGGCAGAUGAAGGAGAUGUUGACGAAGGAUCUGGAGGAGUCACAAGGUGGCAAGUCCUCUGAGGUUCUCUCGGCCACUGAGCUCAGGGUCCAGCUGGCUCAGAAGGAACAGGAGCUAGCCAGAGCCAAAGAAGCUUUGCAGGCCAUGAAAGCCGACCGAAAGCGCUUAAAGGGCGAGAAGACGGACCUGGUGAGCCAGAUGCAGCAGCUGUACGCCACGCUGGAGAGCCGCGAAGAGCAGCUUCGGGACUUCAUCCGCAACUAUGAGCAGCACCGCAAGGAGAGUGAGGACGCUGUCAAAGCCCUGGCCAAGGAGAAGGACUUGCUGGAACGGGAGAAGUGGGAGCUGCGGCGCCAAGCCAAAGAGGCCACGGACCAUGCCACGGCACUGCGCUCCCAGCUGGACCUGAAGGACAACCGGAUGAAGGAGCUGGAGGCUGAGCUGGCCAUGGCCAAGCAGUCCCUGGCUACGCUGACCAAGGACGUCCCUAAGCGGCAUUCACUUGCCAUGCCGGGUGAGACGGUGCUCAACGGCAACCAGGAGUGGGUGGUGCAGGCAGACCUCCCGCUGACCGCAGCCAUCCGGCAGAGCCAGCAGACGCUCUACCACUCACAUCCCCCUCACCCUGCUGACCGGCAAGCGGUCAGGGUGAGCCCCUGCCACUCCCGGCAGCCCUCUGUCAUCUCCGACGCAUCUGCUGCUGAAGGCGACCGGUCAUCCACACCAAGUGACAUCAACUCCCCAAGACACCGGACACACUCCCUCUGCAACGGCGACAGUCCAGGCCCAGUUCAGAAGAACCUGCACAACCCCAUUGUACAGUCACUAGAGGACCUUGAAGACCAAAAACGGAAAAAGAAAAAAGAGAAGAUGGGGUUCGGCUCCAUCUCCCGUGUCUUUGCCAGAGGGAAGCAGCGGAAGUCCCUCGACCCCGGCCUCUUUGAUGACUCUGACAGCCAGUGCAGCCCCACUCGUCAGAGCCUCAGCCUGUCGGAGGGUGAGGAGCAAAUGGAUCGGCUACAACACGUGGAGCUGGUCAGGACCACGCCUAUGUCCCACUGGAAGGCUGGCACCGUGCAGGCCUGGCUGGAGGUUGUCAUGGCUAUGCCCAUGUAUGUCAAGGCCUGUGCAGAGAACGUGAAGAGUGGGAAGGUGCUGCUGAGCCUGAGUGACGAGGACCUGGAGCUGGGCCUGGGUGUCUGCAGCUCUCUGCACCGGCGCAAGCUCCGCCUGGCCAUUGAGGACUACCGAGAUGCCGAGGCUGGCCGGAGCCUGUCCAAGGCUGCAGACCUGGACCAUCACUGGGUGGCCAAGGCCUGGCUGAAUGAUAUCGGCCUGAACCAGUACUCUCAGGCCUUCCAGAACCACCUGGUGGACGGGCGCAUGCUGAACUCCCUGAUGAAACGAGACCUGGAAAAGCACCUGAAUGUGUCGAAAAAGUUUCACCAGGUCAGCAUCCUGCUGGGGAUCGAGCUGUUGUACCAAGUGAACUUCAGCAGGGAGGCCCUCCAGGAGCGCCGGGCCCGCUGUGAGACACAGAACAUCGAUCCUGUGGUCUGGACCAACCAGCGGGUGCUCAAGUGGGUACGAGACAUCGACCUGAAAGAGUAUGCAGACAACCUGAUGAAUAGCGGCGUCCAUGGUGCCGUGCUGGUGCUGGAACCCACUUUCAAUGCCGAGGCCAUGGCCACUGCCCUGGGCAUCCCCAGUGGGAAGCACAUCCUUCGGAGACACCUGGCAGAGGAGAUGAGUGCCAUCUUCCACCCAGCCAACUCCGCAGGCAUCCGGGAGGCUGAGCGCUUCAGAACACCGCCAGGGAGGGCCUCCAGCAUCACUCGGGCUGGGAAGGAGGAGAACUGCAGUGCCAUUAAGUACAAGGCUGGCCGGCUGCCCCUGGGGAAGAUAGGAAGGGGCUUCACCAGCAAAGACCUCGAUUUUCACGAUGACUAUGGCUCUCUCCAAAAUGAAGACUGUGGAGACGAUGACCUCCAGGGCAGGCCAGAGCAGUGCUGUCUGGAAGGCUACAACAGCCUGGAGGUCACCAAUGUAUAAGGACCAAUGGCCCCACUAGACCCAACACUGAGAGGUCCAAGGAGGAAGGACACCAGCUGACCUCAG